AAUUCCAAUAGAAGAAGAAGAAAAAGGAGCGUUUCUCCCGGGCUGGUAAAGCAGAAGCUGCUAGUUGUUGACUUCUAACAUCAAACUAGACAUAAAAUGAUUUGUUGUUUACAAAGAAACAUCAAAACGUAACUCGUGUUGGAUAUCUGAAGGAGAGGCCGCCCAACUCAGAGGAUGAAGGUGAAGAUCCGGCAUUGGAGCGGAGUGGCGUCCUGGUUGUGGGUGGCCAAUGAUGAAAACUGUGGGAUCUGCAGGAUGCCGUUCAAUGGCUGCUGCCCAGACUGUAAAGUGCCUGGGGACGACUGCCCACUGGUCUGGGGUCAGUGCUCCCACUGUUUCCACAUGCACUGCAUCUUGAAAUGGCUGAACUCACAGCAGGUGCAGCAGCAGUGCCCCAUGUGCCGACAGGAGUGGAAGUUCAAAGAAUGAAGCUGUGGAGGCGGUGGUGCAGCUGUGCACCCACAGAGACUCAGAGAGAAAGGAGCUCUUACACAGGCCUCUUCAUGGAUGUUGUUUUUGUAUCAG